CCCUCGGGCCACGUGAUCCCUUUCCCAUCGUCGCCAUCUUAAAGCGGUGCUCCCUGCAGAGGCGGCAGCAGCGGGAGGGAGGAAAAAAGGAAAAGCAGAGCUAAUUGAGGCUCCCCUGGGAAGGGUGUUCUUGCAGUUAUGACGGAAUGAGGAAACACUGGUCUGGUGGCUGCAGUUUACUGCCAUGAACGUUUUCAAUUAGCUAUGGAGCGGGAACUCCCAGGGCACUUGCAAGAAAUCAACAGACAGAUGUUCAGAUCAAGGAAACUCUGCAUUGGUGCACAGGGAUGACUUCAUCCCUAAUCGCCUCUGUUAAUAGAGUGCAAGCACAGCUGAGACAAAUGUUUCAGAUACUAUGGAAGAAAGCAACAGUAUUACAGCAGUAGUCUCAAACAUUGGGGAACCGGAAGCUGUACUGAUCUCCGAAGCAGUUGUAAGCCCAACUUCAGAAAGUGGUGAAGACCAGAGAAAGUGUAACCCUGACCCACUAAUCCAGGUCAUCCAAAAGCUAAGCAAGAUCGUUGAGAAUGAGAAGUCACAAAAAUGCCUUUUAGUAGGGAAAAAGCGCUUGCAUCCUGAUGUGUCCCUGCUGUCACUUGACUCACAAAACCUCCCAGAGAUCCCAGAUAAAACCAUUGAACUGCCUGCCCUGGGCACGAUAAAUAUAGAAGAUUAUUACGUGACAGACUGUCCUCCGCAGAAUAAAAGAAAGGUGGUUUGUUACCAAUGCAGUCUCUGUAAAUCUCUGUCUCCCACUCUCCCUCUGUUAAAAGAACAUGUGAAACAGCAUGGCCAGCAGAACGAAGUAAUACUUAUGUGCUCGGUGUGCAAUUUUGCCAUGAGAAGCCUAGAAGAGUUUGAAGCUCAUGUGAGGCAUCACCCAGAGAACAGCAGCAAAGCACACACUCUUUCAAAGGAGCAGCAGCAAUGUGCAAGUUUUCCUAGUACCACUUUGCAUGGUCCAGUGGAAGGUUUUGUCAAUGCCGGUGCUGAUCAGACAGCACAGGUUCAGUCACACCGUCCAACGGAGAAGGGGAGGCAAAAAUGGUAUACUUACGAGCAGUACGGCAUGUACCGAUGCUUAAUUUGCAGCUACACUUGUGGUCAGCAAAGAAUGUUGAAAACGCAUGCCUGGAAGCAUGCAGGCGAAGUCGAUUGCUCAUACCCCAUAUUUGAGGAAGAAAAUGAACAAGCUACGUUGCUGGACCCUGCUAUAUCGGGUGUUCCUCGCAACGUGGAUGCCGUUGUCCUCGCGCUAGAAAAUAACGAACUGGGUCUCUCUGGUGACCAGGCUGUUCAACUCCACAUUUGUAGCUCUGAGCAAAUGGUGUACAAAACCUCCUUGGCAGAAGAGCCUGCGAAAGAGGAAGCACUCCUAAGUCAGUCGGCUGCUCUCUCGCCCACAGGCAAGGUAGCAGACGAGACUCUGACAGAUGCAGAUCUGGAGCAAGACAACUUGAUGACUGACAGCUUGCUUUCCUCCGCCCAAAAAAUCAUUAGCUGCAGCCCAAAUAAAAAAGGCCACGUUAACGUCAUAGUUGAACGUUUGCCAAGCGCCGAAGAGCCUGUCUUGCAGAAGCCUUAUUCUAUGGACACCGACAUUGAAGCUGAGAAGAAAAUAAUCUCUGAGCAGGCUCGUGUGGCACGCGAUGGGGACGUUUAUCAUAUGGACAAAAGCUCUGUGGAACUCGAAGAAGUCAUAAUUGGAUGGAGCAGCGCAGAGAAGAAAGAUGGCGAUUUAAACCCUGGUAGAGCCAAAGCAGUGGAUGAAAACGCACCUCCCACCAGAAGGAGAACAAAUUCAGAGUCCUUGAGGCUGCACUCCCUUGCUGCCGAAGCGCUCGUCACGAUGCCCAUCAGAGCUGCAGAGCUAACCCGGUCAAGCCUCAGAGCUUUCGCCGAGGUGAAUUCUAUAGGUUCAGAGGCUGGGCAGAGGCCAGCUGACAACAGCUACGUUGCCCAUUCUAAGCUGGUGACCUCCCUUAAAACAGAGGAAUUGGCAGGCCUGAACCAAACGGACUGUGCUUUCAUGGAAAUACAGAAGGAUAAGCCAGAGCUGGCUGAAGGUCCCAUUAAAAUGGGCAUCAGCAUGUCCCUGCUCACCGUCAUUGAAAAGCUGAAGGAGAGGACGGACCAGAACGCUUCUGACGACGACAUUCUGAAGGAGUUGCAAGACAACGUGCAGUGCCAACCUACAGCCGAUGCCAACGUGCUGGGCAGCAACCUGGUGGAAUACAUCCCCAAUGUGGAUCGCCCCUUCCGAUGCCGCCUGUGCCACUACAGUAGUGGCAACAAGGGGUACAUCAAGCAACACUUGCGGGUGCAUCGCCAGAGGCAGCCCUAUCAAUGUCCCAUCUGCGAGCACAUAGCAGAAAACAGUAAGGAUUUGGAAAACCAUAUGAUCAACCACUGCAAAACCCGAAUGUACCAGUGCAAACAGUGCGAAGAAUCCUUUCAUUAUAAGAGUCAGCUUCGAAGCCACGAGAGAGAGCAACACAGCCUUCCAGACCUAUACUCUAUGCCGCCGUCUGACAGCCUAAUAACUUGUAGCAAAGUGGAUGAAAGAGUCGGGGAUAGGAUUUCAGUCCAGAAACUUUACAGAUGCGACAUUUGUGAUUACACAAGCACAAUGUAUGUUGGUGUGCGGAAUCAUAGGCGGAUUCACAACUCCGAUAAGCCAUACAGGUGUCGAAUGUGCAACUUUGCCACAACAAAUAUGAAUAGCUUGAAGUGCCAUAUGAGGCGCCAUCCACAGGAGCACCAGGCAGUGCAGCUAAUGGAGCAGUUCAAAUGUUCGCUUUGUGGGUAUGAGUGUAGCCAUCCCCCUUCUCUCAAGUCUCAUAUGUGGAAGCACGCAAGUGACCAAAACUACAACUAUGAACAAGUGAACAAGGCUAUUAAUGAUGCAAUUUCACAAAGCAGCAGGUUCCCAGGUCAGCUGACUGGGAAAGUGACCGCUGAAAAUGGUUUAUUUCCUUUGAAAAGCAACUCGGAGGGCUUGUCCUUUACAGACUCCUCUAACCAAACUGCUGACAAAACCGUGAAUUCUGAUGAAAAUCAGAAUCCUGCUUCCACAACUAAUACCUCAUGCAAUUCAGACAAAACUGCCAGUCUGCCUCACCUUGGCACAGAAUACUGUGUCCUGCUCUUCUGCUGUUGCAUUUGUGGAUUUGAGUCCACCAACAAGGAGAACUUGUUGGACCAUAUGAAGGAACAUGAAGGUGAAAUCAUAAACAUAAUUCUGAACAAGGACCACACAGCAACUCAGAGUGUAAGAUAGGUGAAGCUGCUGCUUUAAAGGGUUUCAUAAAGUGCUGUUUUCUUGUGUUCUCUUUACGUCACCUGAACUACUUGCUAAAGCGAAAACUGUAAGUAAAAAAAAAUGCAGUGAUAUUUCUAACGGUCGAAAUGUUAUUUAUGUCAACAAGAAAAUGGAUUUAUUUCACAAGCUCUUGAAGUAACUGAACAGUAAAUACUCCAUUUAGGGAAAGGUCCACUGAAACCAUUAUUCUCUACCGACAGAGCCGUUUUCAAUUCCUAUUGCUAAUCUAAAGCUUAGUCAUAUAAUAGAAAUUUCACACUAAUGUGUUACCUUAAGGGGUUUAAUCUUACUGCCUUGAAACUAUCUAAAGGGGGUUAAAUUCAUUUUAGAUAAUUUUUUAAAAACUGACAUGACUGACUAUACAUUUAUGAAGCAGCAUUUCGGGAGAGGGAGACUGAGUAACUUCUUAGGCCUUAUGGUUCCUCACUCAGUUACUGCUUCUUUUUUUAGAAAAGAUAACAAUAUCUGUAUCUUCCUGCUGAUACAGGCAUCAUAAAA